UCAUUUAAGAAGAAAAGUUUCAAAAGUUCAUACAGGUUUCUUAACUCGAUGAAAAGAGUUCUGAAAUUGUUCUAUCAGUCAUCAAAUAUUUUUUAGAAGCUAAUAAGUAGCUGUUAAUUGUGAACAUCAUAAAAUAAUUUGCAAAGUCAAUUCGAUUGACCAUAAAUUCGAUAUAAAGAAAAUCACAUCAAUCACUUAGUUAUAUAGAAUGGCUUGUCCCUUCUCUCAACAUCGCUCUGCAGAUGUCUUGCAACGUCAACCUACAAUUAAUAAUGACUUGGAGUUACCGGAAGUUUCUGGCGACUCUUUAACUUUAACUCAUCUCAAUGCUGCUAUGCAAUUAUUGACAGCACCAUCAAAUGAUGAUAUUCAUCAAGCUUUAAUAUCAUUGAAACAGAAAUAUAGCGGAAGGUUUCCAGGCUUAAGGAAAUUUGGUGGCGAUCGAGCAAAUAUCUCGACAUAUCCCCAUUACGAUUAUUUAGCUGACAUCCAAGAUUCUCUUAUGGAGUUCGACGAAGCGACAGCAAUUGACAUACUCAUUCUCUUGGGAGAAGAACUUGUUAAUACAUCAUGUCAUGGCAUCAUUGAGAAAGCUUUUCGUUGUCUCGGUGGAAAUCUGCCAGAAUUAAUAGCAUCGUUAGAUGGCGUUUAUGAUGUAUUGAAGCUACAAGAAGAAGAUUUAACUGACACUGGAUUUGUGUGUGCAUCUGAAAAUGAAUUAAUAUUCACAUCAGAUCGUAUUGCUGUUGCGUAUCUGUUGCUCGGAAUCUUACAAAAUAUUUCUAAGAAACUUUAUCAAACCGAAUGUACAAUUCAAAUGGAACCACUUGAAGGUUCCGUUCAAAGAUUCCAUUAUCUGUUUAAGAUUGAAGAAUCUAUAAAAGAACAACCGGAAAUUAUUCCACGUUCCAUCUCAUCUGAUCCUAACGACUUGCAGAUGACAAAUUCAACAUUUUGUAAAAUGUUUCCUUGGCAUUUUAUUAUGGAUGAAAAUUUGGAAUUAUUGCAGAUUGGCGAAGCAUUUAGUAAGCUUUUCAAGAAUUAUUUGAACGCAACAAAGGCUGCUACUCAUUACUUCAAGUUUCGACGUCCAGUCGGAUUAAAAUUGGAAUUCAAUGAAAUCAUAAAACGAACAAAUACGCCGUUCUUGAUAACUUUACGUGCGCCAGCAGGUCGUCAAGAUUUCGUUGCGAAAGGACUUGAGAUCAAAGGUCAAAUGGUGUUUUGCCCAGGUCCAAGAAACACUUUGCUUUUUGUCGGUUCACCAUUCUUAGAUGGACUUGAAGGUCUCACAUGUAAUGGACUUUUCUUGUCCGAUAUUCCACUUUACGAUGCAACACGUGAAGUGAUUCUUGUUGGUGAACAAGCUCGUGCUCAAGAUGGCCUUAAAAGACGCAUGGAUAAGUUGAAAAAGGAAGUCGAAGAAGGUCAUGAAGCUGUUUCAAAAGAAAGAAAGAAAAAUGUUUCAUUACUGCAAAUGAUUUUCCCGGAUGAAAUCGCUGAAAAGUUGUGGCUUGGAAAACAAGUUGAUGCUCAAAGUUUUCCGGAAGUCACGAUGUUAUUUUCCGAUAUUGUUGGAUUCACAUCAAUUUGCUCAAGUGCAUCACCAUUUCAAGUUAUUAGCAUGCUUGAAUCACUUUACAAGGUGUUUGAUGAACUUUGUGGCGUUUUUGACGUAUACAAAGUAGAAACAAUUGGCGAUGCUUAUUGUGUCGCUAAAGGGUUAGAAGGAAGAUCAGCAACCAGUCAGUAUGAUGCACACAAAGUAGCAUUCAUGGCAAUGAAAAUGAUUGAAAAUUGUGCUAAGCAUGUCACUCAUGAUGGGAAACACAUUCAGAUGAGAAUCGGUCUUCAUACUGGAACAGUUUUGGCAGGAGUUGUCGGAAGGAAAAUGCCACGAUAUUGUUUAUUUGGCCAUAACGUGACAAUCGCUAACAAGUUUGAAUCAGGAAGUGAAGCUUCACGUAUAAAUAUUUCACCAACCACCAAAAAAUGGCUGACGAAAAUUGAUGACUUUAAGUUUGAAUACACAAGACGUGAUCCAUCAUUCCUACCAAAGGAAUAUCAAGCAAAGGAUGGAGAAACUUGUUACUUCCUCGAUGGCUAUAAACAUGCUGGAGUUGAUGAAAAUCUCGACAUCCAAAUACAUAUUGAUGCUGCAAUGCAACAAAUCAACCAUGAAUUGGAAUAUUAAAUUUUAAAAUUUAAAUCAUUAUUUAUGUAAUAAAUGUUUGAUCUAAAUAUUUAAACGAAUAUGAUAAUCGAAACUUCUACGAAAAAAGUUACUUAACUUUCAUUUAACAUUCGAAUUAAUUAUAUAUUUACACACAUAUGUACACACAAAACAAACACUUUUUGAUGUUAUCAAUAAAUCAAUCAAAUAAAUUGUA